AUGAUGGACGAAGAUGCAACCUUGCAGGUGCCACAGGCUCAGUGGCAGCUCCAACAGGCAUUGAACAAUGGGGAAAGGAUGGAUGAUGAGCCGGAACGGAUGGAUGAAGACGAAGGAAGGGAAGGGUCCUACGAUGAGCGUGCUACUGCCAGAAGUGAUUCUUCCAGCCCCACAGUUGGUGCUUGGCAUGCCAUUACCAGUUUCUGGGGAGGAGGGUUCCAGCAGCAGCCCCAAGCUGGAAGAAGCAGCCCUCGUAACCAAGGCGAGAGGGUAGAUAUGGGUGAUGAUUGCCGAGAAGAAGACAUGACCAUGGAACGUGAGGGCGGUGAUCCCUAUGACUCUCGCAUUCAUGAACCACUAAAGCGGGGGCAAGAGGAUGGAGGACAAGCCAACAAGAGACGCCGUUUGGAGGAUGCCAGUAUCGCCUUUUACCAGGCUGUCCCCGGCCUUUCCGAACGCCAACAGGCGAUCAUGGAAUACUCGGCGCCUUCUUCUGUUGCUCCCUUUUUCUACUUUAUCGGGUACACUCCUUUUGCCAUUACGUGGGGCUUGGUCAUGUACACGUUGCACUUUUUGCAGACGGCGAUUUCUACCUUUGGACCCGAGACUGAAAACUUUCGCUGGAAUGCAUGGAUCCCACCUCUGGUCCAUCAUUUGAUGGAUACCUACGUGUGGAAUCAAUCAAUGAUUACCAUGAUGCUCUUGUACCCAGAGUGGUUUGGUUCUACAGCUUACUGGGUCGCCACCUUAUGCAUCACGUAUUCACAGUGUUGUUACUUGUGUGUCUCCCUCAAGACUCACUACAUCAAGCACCAGCACGAGUUGAAAGCAAACUGCCACCAACAAAUUGAGCUACGGUUCCUGGAUUGCUUUUUGCUCUACUUGUUGGCUGACCUCAACUUUAUUCUGGCCCGGCUACUUGGAUACCCGAUCCUCUUGUACAUUGGUCUGGUUGAGUUGAAUGUGGCCCCACUUUACAUUGUUUGGGCAUACAAGAAACGCUUUGAUGCUGCCCUUAAACCAGUAAACCAAUCGAAUGGACAGAAGGACAACAUCAAUGACAACACCAACAAGAAGGACGACGACACCAAAAAGGAUCGGUAA